GAGCGUUUAUCAGGGAGCUGGGACGGAGUGACUGGCACCUUCCCAGAUCCCCGCCACUCGGUUUGUCUCUUUGCAGCAGCACAGGCAGCACCAGUGUGUGAGGGGAGCAGGCAGAGCUCCCAGCCAUCUCCCUGAUCCUGCUAGAACACCUAGCCCCAGGCACAGAGCUGCUCCACAGGUAGGCACCAUGAGGAUCACGCUGCUAUUCACAGCCAUCCUGGCCUUCAGCCUAGCUCAGAGCUUUGGGGCAAUCUGUAGUGAGUCACAGAAGGAGGUGGCUUCUCGCGGGGGCCACAACAAGAAGGACAUGAAUCUCCACCAGCUGGUCCAGAGACUCUACAAAAUCCACUCCUUUUCUCUGGAGGAACUGCUCAUAGCCCUGAGCCAGGCUAUCUUGGAUUCUAGGGGAUCAGAAACACCACUUCCCCGGAAACGUAACAUGCAGGACUUAUUUGUGGGACUUAUGGGCAAGAGGAACGUCCAGCCAGACUCUCCUACUGAUGGGAAUCAAGAGAAUGUCCCUAGCUUCAGCGCCCUCAAGUAUCCCCCCAGUGUGAAAUGAGCACUCUACUUUUGGACCCUUGGACUACGUCAGGAAGACCUGUCUCCCUGCCCCAAUCCCCAGGUGCACAUGCUCCCAUUGCCCUUUUUCUUCCCCAUUCUUGUAACAUUCUUGUGAUUCGACUCCUUCCCUAUCUUUUCCACCUGACCCUGGCAUGAAAACUGCAUAGUGAAUAUCCCCAAUCCCAAUGGGCAUUGACUAUAGAGUCCCCUAGAGUUCCUGAAGUGUCCUACAUUAAAAAUAUAAUGUCUCUCUACUCCUCAACAAUAAAGGAUUUUUGCAUAUGAAUGA